AUGCAAAAACUGACGGAGCGCAUAGACGUCCUGAAGCAGAGAAUCGCUGCUUGGGGAAAGCGAAUUCGGCGAUAUACCGAGAGGUCGACACGGUGCAACCAGAAUCGUCUCUUCCAGAGUGAUCAGAAGAGGCUCUAUAAAUUAUUGGAGCGACCAAUGGUAAGUGGAACGGGCCCAGUACCGAAUCAGGCCGACACGGUCGCACUCUGGCGCAGCCUGUGGUCAGAGCCCGUAAACCACAACGAGGGCCCUUGGAUGGAAGUUGUGGCGAGUCAGUGUGCGGGUAUUACGCCCAUGGACCCCGUCACCAUAACGCCGGAUGACGUAGCUGAGGCGGUCCGUAGGGCCCCGAACUGGAAAAGUCCGGGACUCGACGGGCUGCAUCACUACUGGCUGAAGGGGUUCGUGGUGUGUCACACUGUGCUCGCCCGACAAGUUUCAAGAGGUUCUCAACCAGAAGUCGCUCCCGAGCCUCUUCAGUACUGGGAUCACCCAUUUGGUUCCUAA